AUGCAGGCUCCUAAUGUUUACCCCUUCCCUCAACCGCAAUUACAACAGCUGCCCAGGUUUCAGUACGCUCCCACGCAACUCGUGCUUGACCAGUCUGCUCCGCGGGUAGAUCCUCUGCAAGCGGGAGUAGCUGUAAAUCCCGCGUUACCGAUGCAGCACUAUAAUAUUCACAGCACGCGUAGCAGUGAUAACAUAAAUAACUACGCGUAUUAUUACCAUCAUCCCGAUAAUAACGAUAACACUACGAGUACGACGACUCCCACUAAUAACAUCAAUAAUAAUAACAACCCUACUCUUCCUGUUACUGGCAUUCCGGUGCCCAAUAGCUCUCUUUAUAGAAAUACAAACCAAUUUCCUUCUGCUCCUCAGCGGUUGCUUAGUAUUAUACCGGACCCUCAUAUGGCACCCAACAUUUCUCAUUAUCAACCAAAUAAUAUUCGUCCUCAAAUGCGUGUCUCUAUUCCUCAUAAUAUUCAUUUUCAACAAAUACCCACCUAUAACAACACUAAUAAUAGCAACGAUAACCCUGUAGGCUCGAAUGAAAAUGAGUUGCUGGACAACAUCAACGAGCGUUACCAUCACGAGCUAAACAAGAUGGCUUCAUUUUCCAAGAAUUUCGAAAACAAUGAACUCACAACCACUCCCAGCGAUUCAAAUAUCCAAUCCACCAUUGACGAACUGACAAAACUGAAGUAUCUGUCGAGUUCUUCCCAUUUUAAGCAGAACAUCGCCAUACAGAAUUACUAUUCUCUUCAGAAUCACAUCGCUACUAUUGAAAACCGUUUGACUGGCUUGCUCAAUGAUAGACAGCAGCAGCAGCAGCAGCAGCAGCAGCAACAACAACAACAGCAGCAGCAACAACAACAACAACAACAACAACAGAUACCCGAAAACUCUAACUCUACAUCACCAUCUAAUAAGAUAAAACUACCUUCCCUACAGGAACUAACUAAAUCUAUAUCCACCCAACAUCCCACAACCACAUAUGUCAAUAAAAGACAUGCUUCAGAUUCAGAUACAAAGCUAACAACUACCCAUCAUCCAUUAUACCAUCGUCACACCUUUCUCUCCGCCUCGUCAUCCUCGCCUUCUCCCUCUGCCGGUUCAGUGCCCCUCCAGAAGCUACAGGUUCCAAGACUGGACGAACCAAGUGACGCAAAAAGUAACUUAUCAUCAUCUCCCUUCAAUUCGAUUACCUACAUACCGAGUACUACCUUGUCUCCCACCGUGCAAACACAGUUGAAAAACAAUACUACGUCUAGCAAAAUCACAAAGAAGAAGAACAACAGAGGUAGACCAAGAGCUAUUCAAAGGCAGCCAACGCUCACUACCUCUACUCAUUUCAUAAACAACUCCGGCACUGCCGCCGCUGUGACUCCAAACGCUGCCCCCGCAACUAAUAACCAUGAAAAGGAAACCAGCCCCAAAAAAAUAAUCGAAUUCUGUUUCCACUGUGGAGAAACUGAAACUCCAGAAUGGAGAAAAGGACCAUACGGUACAAGAACCCUUUGUAAUGCGUGCGGGCUAUUUUACAGAAAGGUUACCAAGAAAUUUGGUUCGAAAAGCAGCAAUUUACUACUAAGGUACAGAAGAGCCAUUGAUUUAGCCAACGAUCGUAGAAUUCCUGAUUUCAUCACCAUUCCAAACAGAUUCAUCCAUGAUAUGGAUAAGGACCAAACGUUAGAUUCUGAAUAUAAUACAAUAUUACAAUAG